GUAACUAGUGUGUAAUUUGAAUUUUUGAUGUAACGUGUUCAUGUACAGCAUUCUUAUAGCAUGAAUUUCAGCCUUAAUAAUGCCUCGUCGGCAGGAUGAAACUACAAAGCCGAAGGAUUUAAUUGAUUUUGAAGGGGAUUUUAACUGUUCUACUAAAAAUUUUUCGGAAAUUCAGUUAUUGUUUGAUCCUCUAAUUCCCACAAAGAAUCCAACAGACACUUUUGCAAAAAGUAAUGUAGUUCUCCUUGAUUCCCUCGCGAAACAUUCAAAGGACUCCGAAAACUGUGUGUGUAAGAUUUCUUCCCCAUUUGACUACUUGGUGAAUUAUCCUGAGUCCGAAAAAUGUGGACUUCAUGAAUUGAGUGGAUCAGCAUCUUUCCCAGUCGUUAGUGCUGGUGCUGUCGACAAGCUCAGGGAUUAUGACCCUCUCUUUGCAAAUGAAUCAACCGACCAGGCAGGUGUAAGGCCAAAUGAUGUUAUGUAUUCUAGUGAACACAGCGUUAGUAAUGCAACUGUGAAAGUUGAAUCGAAUGAGCGUCAACAGGAUGAUUGUUCACCAUUUUCAUAUCCUGCCACACCACCUUAUAUACGCCAAAAAGAUGCUGAAAGUGUGAAUAAUACCUUAACUACAAAUGAACAAGAAUUAUCAACACCAUUAAAUCACUUUAUGCCCAAUUGUCAGCCUACCAAUGAAUUGAAAAUAUUUGUUAACUUUGUUCAAAGCCUGCGUAGACAAAAGUACAACAGACCGAGAGUUUCUACACUGAUCAGUGAUCUUGGUGACAUUAGUGAACAGAAUAAAGAAUUCUCGGAGGAUUUUUACUCACCUCCUGAUUCAUGGGCAUUCGACUGUGUAUAUAAUGAUACUGUAACAAAUGAAACACUGACAACUCCACGAAUCAAUGCAUCUGCACGUUCAUUAUCUAAUCAACAGUCUAAUCCAUCAUGGGAGACAGAAACUGGGGCUUCCAAUGUAUCUCAUGUAUAUCCUAAGGUAAAAGAGAAUCCUCACUUUCAAGAAAGUACUCCUACUCAUUGGACAAAUACGCCUAGAUGGUGUAUUCCUCAAUUAGAAGUACGCAUCACAGCACAUCUAGCUGGUAGGAAGAGAUCGCGUCAAAGUGUAUCUGCUAGCUCAGCGAACAGUCCACCAGUUAGUCCUCGUCUACGCUUAGUUUGUGAUCCUACAACUACACUAGUUAAUGAGCUCAUGCUAGAAGCGCUUGCAAAUGAUCUCCUUCCUCAUAAUGAAAUCUCUCUAGAUGCUAGUCAGUUUCAACUACGUCUUCAAGGAAGAGCUGAACUGUUACAUCCAGAAGCUCGUCUGUGUGACUGUUAUCAAGUUCAAUUGUGCCAUCGAUUGGAUCAACCGUUGAAGUUAAUCUUAGAGCCUAAAGAUGUUGACCAACCAUCUGUUAAAAAGGUUUACAGUGAUACGGAUCAGUUUACACCUCAAAAUAACUUUACAAACAACCGUCCUACGCCUACAGAGGAGGAUAUAUUUAUAAGUUACAGUGUAUUUCAAAAUGCCUUACAGAAGUUACGGUUAUGUAUUGUGGAAAACUAUGCCCAAGUUGACAGUGAAUCAUGGUUGAAAGAGGUGCAUUGUGUCAGUUCAAGUUUAAGUCAGUCAGUUAAAGCUGUAUUAACAGCAGUUUGUUAUGGAAUAGCCUUUUCUGAUGUUAUCAACGCAUUGGGCAAUGUACAAGUAUGCAUUAUGGAUAUUGUAUAUGAUAUUGGUUUAAAUCAUAAAGUGGUUGGAUUGAAACGUCACAACAGUAUCAAUAAUAGUAAUAACAAUACUGUCGGCAGCAAUAAUAAUCUACAUAAUAAUAAUAAUAAUAACAAUAAUAAUAAUAAUUACAAUCAAGAAAAUUGGCUUUCAUCAAUUAGGCGGAAACCGGUUAAGGGCCCACCAUUACCUAUACGUAGUUCUCAAACCCUGAAAAAUCUUAACAAAGAACAUGUCAGCCUAAAACGUGAUAUUAAACCACAAUCAAGAAAAAAAUUACAAAAUCUAAUUUCAUCUUUGAAUAAAAAUCUUCUUUGUCAGUUGAAUGCAUUUUUUACCUGGCGCCAAGUUAGUAUCUGUGUAAAUCCCAAUUUAAUAAAAAAUAAUUCAUUGCAACACAAUGAUGACAGUUAUAAUGAAUCAUUGAGUUAUCUAACUACAAGUGGACGACCUAAAGCUGUCCUCUUAACAGAUGAUGUCUUUUUCAAUGAUUUACAACAGCUAAAGCAAGACAGAGUAGUUAAAAGCUCUGCAGAUUGUCUAGAUGCUGUAGUUAUCGGUCUAAUUGCUGUGCACAAUCCACCUCCUAGGAAAACAAUUGGAGUUUACAACUCGAACACAAGUGGUAGCAAUUCAAGUUCUAUUUCAAAUCUAUCCAAUUCAUCUUCUAGUCAAUCUGCUUUUGCAAAUAAUUCGAUAAGAGCAGAUGGUUAUUAUUGUGUACGUCUGGGUCUGGUUUAUGCCGGUAGACCAUUGAGUAAAGUUUAUCCUAGUGAAAUGGCUAAUUCUCCAGUGAAUACAACUGGCAAUCAUUACAAUUCAGUGCCUUAUAAUCAACAAUCGAAAGAGUUCUGUUGGGCAAAUAAUCAUGCUCUAUCACGUGACAGUCAAAAUAAUAAACACAUCAGAGAUUAUUUUAUCAGUGAUCCUGGUCGUUAUCAAACAAUACAGUCUGGAUUUCCUAAAGUGUUACAAUUUGAUCAAUGGUUCAAAUUUCCAAGUUUUGCUAUCAGUCAACUACCGAGAGAAACAAUGCUGGCGAUCAGUUUGUUUUCAUGUAAAAAAUUGAAUUCUGAUAAUUCGGACGUUGACGGAACAUUAAUUGGUUGGGUGAAUUUUCCUCUAUUCGACAUAAAUGGUCGAUUAAAACAAAAUACAGCGAUUGUUGGUCUUUGGCCACCAUCUGAAAUGAUGCAUGAUUUUAGGCCUACUUGGUCUCAGUCGAAUACUUCACCAGAUUGUCCACUUGUACAGCUUUGUUUUCCCGAAUACCAAUAUGAGAUUGAAUUUCCUAUCAUCGAAUUGAAUAAUGAAUUUGCAACUGCCAGUGAAAAUCUUUUAACAGUUACCCCAGUGCCUUAUCCUGGUCUUGUUCUACGUUUACUUUCACCGGAUGUUGUUGAUCAAGGCAUACGUCAUUGGGCGACAAGAGCAUUAUCAUUACUUUCAUCUGAUAAUCUUCUUCUGUACCUACCUCAAAUAACCGAGGCAAUAAAUCAUGACUUGUAUCUUGAUUAUUCUGGUCUAGUAAGCUUGAUUUUACAUCGAGCUGCUUUCUCAAUGCGAUUCGCCAAUGCUUUAUAUUGGUAUUUAUAUCCGAUGCUUAAUCAAAGUCCAUCUUCAUCAGAAUGGAAGUUACAACGUUUUCGAUUUAUUCAAACUGCUUUGUGCUGGAAUGCUGAUCCUAGACUGCUUACAAUGUGGAGACGUCAAGAAGAAAUGAUCAAUCAUUUGUCUGUAACUGCUACAAAAGUUAAGCAGGCUAGACCAAAUGCUUCAGUUCGUGAAGAGAUCCUCUACAGUCAUUUGAAACAAUUCAUGUCUGGAUUGUCAGAACAAUGUCAUCAAUCAUCAGAUCAACUGUCUGUAGACCGAAACUCACCUUCACCACUAUCGAAUUCACACUCAUGGAUAAAUCAUGAUAAAUCUAAUAGUCAAAUACUGAAAGCUGAUACAGACUGUUUGAGAAAGAAGCCAUCAGAUGAUCCAAAUAAUGAAUUACCAGUAUCACAGUAUGAUUUUGGUCUAAGGAUGCCAUAUAAUCCUGGACUUUUAACGCACAGACUUGAUAUAGCAGCAUGUUCAUAUUUUACCUCAUUCACUUGUCCACUGAGACUUGUCUUUCACGCGUUGGAUGCUGGUAUCGAACCAUUUAUGGUUAUGUUUAAGGUUGGGGAUGAUUUACGCCUUGAUAGUUUAAUAUGUCAACUCACAUUUCUAAUGGAUAGAAUAUGGUUAGACGCUGGAUUAGAUUUACGUAUGAUUCACUUUCGUAUUAUACCGACAGAAGAGCAGAAAGGUUUUAUUGAACUGGUAUCUGAAUGUAGUACACUUCGUCAAAUUCAACAACAAGGAGGUGGUUUAACGGGAGCUUUUAAAGAAGGUGUUAUCACAAAAUGGUUACAAUCACAAAAUAUCACUGAAUUGGAUUAUAAACGAGCUUUAGACAAUUUUCUUCGUUCACUGGCUGGAUGUUGUGUAGCAACGUAUAUACUUGGUGUUGGCGAUCGACACAAUGAUAAUAUUAUGAUACGUUAUUCUGGUCAUGUAUUCCAUGUUGAUUUCUCUAAAGUAUUUGGAAAUAGUCAAACAUUUGCCGGUAUUAAACGAGAUCGUGUGCCAUUUGUUUUGACACAAGAUAUGUUACAUGUAUUAAAUACAUACUCUAAGGAUAUGACAGGUUCAAUGCAUCAUUUAAACAAUUCAUCAGGAUUUGGUUAUACACCUGGUCAUAAUUCUAAUCAUCCACAACAAGGUGUACAAUUGUUUAUAGAAAAAUGUUGUGAGGCGUAUAACUUAAUUAGACAUCGUUCAUAUCAGCUUAUUUCACUACUAGAAUUGAGUUUAUCAAUGAAUAUUCCUGGACUGAACCGUGAUUGUGUUCGAUUUGUCUUGAGGGCUCUGAGGCCAGAAUUGAACGAUCAAGAAGCAAGCCAAUAUUUUACUGAACUAGUUCGUAAAACCCUACAAUCGAAAUCUUCCAGUUUUAAUUUCUUUGUACAUGGAUUGGCGCAAGUUAAACAAGCUUCCUUAGGAGGAGGAGUUUCUGGUACAAAUACGAAUAUGUCAAAUUUAUCUGAAAGAGGUUCUCCUUCGAAAAUAAAUAGUGGAGCCGAUGACCAUUUCACCUCAGUUAAUAGUAGUAGUACUAAUUCUAACAUUUCAAGUAGUACUGGAAGAUUUGUCAAUGAUUCGAAAUCUCGAUCAACUCCACCCACAAAUCCUUCUGGAACUGGACAAAUAUUUAGCUUUAAUCCAAAGCGUUUCACAAGUAAUUCAGAUGGAAAUAUGGAUGCUAUUGUAGUCGAGAUAGCAGUGAAAAAGAAGACUGAUGAUAAACAUUCUGAUUAUUAUUUUCCUAUGAAUAUUUGGCGAGAAAAUUGUCGUGUUCCGACAAGAAUAUAUCGACGUCUUUCUGAUUUAGAAGAAUUAGAAGCUCGUUUACAAGAGAAUUUCCCCAGUUCAGUUGUUACAAAAACUGUUUCACAUAUAAUCAAUUCAUUGAAUUCUAUUAGUAUCAGUUCAAGUCGAUCACAAGAUCAUGUUCAAUCAUUAGUUGACAGUGUACUUUCAGAUGAUGAAAUUGUGUCCAAAAGUGAUAUUGUCUACACAUUCUUUCACAGUGUAUUAUUCGAUGAAAGAUUUGCUGCUGAAGACAUGUCAUCACAAGAAAUCAACAUCACUUCUUCAUCGUCCUCCUCUUCAUUAUCUAAAUACUGGAAUCCAACAUUAUUUAAUGAUAUCUUAACUGAAAAGUCUAAAGAAUCUACGACUCCUCUACUUUUCUCAUCAUCAUUCCCAUUGUUUCCUAAUUCCUCCAAUGAUAUGUUGGCGACAACACAGAGUAUCGAUUAUUUACCAGCUGUACAAAUUCAAUUGUAUCUAAGUGAGACAUUACGACGUCUGGAUGUUGUUAUCAAACAUGCACGAUGUCUAUAUCUUCCUGGAUCUAGUGAACCUCCAGACGUGUAUAUAAAAGUUUAUUUACUUUCUGGUCGGCGUCGUAAAACAACUAAACGUAAAACAAGCGUUGUAAAACGUUCCAGCUCUCCAUCGUUCAAUGUCAUGUUCACCUACGAUCUUAUACCGAAUGAUAUACAAUGUGGUUUUGUUGAAGUUUCUGCUUGGCAUGCUGUUCAUAUCGGUGAAAAUAUACCCUUUGGACAAAUUUAUAUUCAGCUGAAAUCAAUUCGUCCCGGUCAUACAUAUACACACUGGUAUACUUUAUACUCUGAUCCAGCAUUUUUAACUUAGUUAAAAAAAAUGAGAAAAAAAUUGGGAAGUAGAUGAAUGAACACAUCAAUUAGUUUUCUUUUCAUCUUCCUGUUAAAAUGUAAAUUCUAAUGUGUUACGAUGAAUUGGAAAACUAGAAUUUUCACGUUUAUAUAUUAUGUGUGUCAUUAUUUUUUUUGUUUAUUUACUUCAUUUUUGAUUUUUAAACAGAGUUCUUUUUUUAAACUUAUAUAAUCUCAGCACUCAACUAAAAAUAAUGACUAUUUUUUACAUUGAUAAUUCUGACCUGACCAUUCAUCCAUAUAUAUAAAUUUCUUUUUCGUGUACAGAAUGCAUAUGUGAGACUGCAUUGAUCCAGGUAGAACUUUUCAAUUCCUAGAGCAGCUGUGCUUUCUUGAACACAGUAUUAACCUAUUCUCAUACUAAGCCACAAGAAAACUAAGGUAAUAUUUCUUAAUGAUAUCAGCAAUUGAUAAAUUUAUUCUGAUUUUCAGAUAUAAAUGAUGUUUUAUUCCAAAAGACACUCACUGUACGCUGAUUAUUUCUGAGUAGUAAGAAACUCAUAGAUCCCUUUUAAAUCAUUUACGUCGUCUAAAAAAUUAUCAAAAAGUUCAAACUUCCCUUGUACAUUUCGUUUUUCAUCGUAUUCUUCUAAUAGAAAACAAUUUAAAUCUACAUAUUUUUUUAAACGUACAUGUGCUAUCGGUGCUAAUCUUUCACGAUAACCUCUCUUAGUUUAUUCUGUUUUCACGUGUAUUUCGAAGAUAGAUGAUUCGAAUUUGUAUCAGGUUGAUUUAUCAUAUGCUCGAAUCGCAUUGACAAUAGUUGUUGAUAUAUUAAUACAGACAGGGUGAAAGUGAUACUCAUUUUGCACUCCUGGUUCUCUUUUUUUUCCGUUUUUACCAAUACUUUCAUUAUCUCUGGUGCUUUCUGUCCAUUUCUGUGGGUUCAUGCGUUGUUGUUUUUUUGUUUUGUUUUUCUUAUUUGGUUGUGAGAUACAAUGUCUUUCUUGUACAUAUAUAAUGUGGGUUUUUUUUUCUUAAGAAUAAUUAAUAUAUUGAAUUGAUUACGAUCGAUAAUCAUUACAUAUAUAUAUACAUUUUAUGAAAUGUUAUGCAAAUGUGGAUAUUUUGUAAUUGUAUUCUUAAUGUGAUGAUUAUUGACCUGAUUAUUACUUCAAUGUAUUUAUUUCAAACUGAUGUGUUUCUAUUUUAUACAAUAAAAGAUGUAACAGUGAUUGAUAUAUACUUUGAUUUCAUGCCUG